AUGCUCACAGAAGUAGCAAAUGCAACGGGAAAUUCGGCUGGUGCUAAACUGAGGUGCUUGUACACGAAUGCCCAAAGCCUCAUAUCGAAACUAGACGAACUAAAACUUUGCCUUGUUGAGCAGUCUCCAGAUGUUUUAGCAGUAACUGAGACCUGGCUGUCCGGGAAUAUUAGCGAUAACGAAGUAGCCUUGCCUGGAUACCAAAUUUAUCGGAGGGACAGGGAACAUCGUCAGGGUGGUGGCAUCGUUGUGUAUGUGAAUGACGGUCUGGCAGUGUCGGAUAACACCACCAAGUUUGUGUGCAGUACGGAAGCUAUCUGGUUGACCAUCAAGGCAACCGGUUCCCCCUGUCUCGAUGUCCUCACUGUCUACCGACCACCUCGGACAGACCGAAUCGCCGACACUCAACUAUUGGAGCAGUUGGAGAAAUUUUCCAGUCGACCUAACAUCAUGAUCAUGGGCGACUUCAACGCACCAGGAACAAACUGGAAUACCCUCCAAGCGUCAGGUCCAAAAUCGGCAUUCGAUUACCGCCUGUUGAGCAAGACAUUAAAUGCGUGCCUCACAAAACAUGUAAUGUUCCCAACGAGAACACGUGAAAGACAAAGGGCAAACUGCCUGGAUCUGGUCUUUACGAAAACACCAGACAGCAUAGACGAGAUCGCCUCCAUGCCGCCCCUUGGCCGAAGUGACCACAUAGUGCUUAUGUGGGAUUAUUCGUUAUUCUCCAUUUCACACACUCCAGGCCACAAAAGGCGUAAUGUUUGGAGGGGCGAUUUCAAUCAGAUGAGGGCAGACUUAUCCGGUCUUGACUGGGGCUCUUUGUUUACGGGAAGUGCCAACGAUGACUGGGAGCUGUUCAAGAAUGUCCUUCUGCAGCUCAUCAACAACCACUGCCCACUGACUAGUGUAAGACUGAACAAACGCCCUGGGUGGCUAAAUAGCAACCUCAAAAAAGAAAUCAACAGGAAGCACAAAUUGUGGAGAAAAUACUGCGUCACUAGACAAGCUGAAUGCUUCAACACCUACAAGACACAGAGGAACAUACUGAGGAAGCUGAUAAUUCAGACGCGGCGGGAAUUCGAGAAGAACUUGCUACAAAAAGCAACGCAGAACCCAAAAUUGCUCUACAGCUACCUCCGACGAACUACAAGGAACAGGCAUCAAAUCCCUUUGAUAAAGACUACUGAUGGCGUUGAGAUCGCUGAUAGUAGGGAUAAAGCUGCGUAUUUUUCACGGUUUUUCCAAUCAGUCUACACAAACGAGGCAAGGUUCCUUCCUCCCUCCACAGAAGAACUGCCGACUCCAAGCGUCAGUGAUAUAAUCUUCUCAGAAGGCAUUGUUCGAAGAGAAUUAGAGGCAUUGAACGAAUCGAAGUCGCCAGGACCCGACGAGAUUCCACCCAAGCUUCUAAAGGAACUUGCCCGUGAGCUCUCUGUGCCUUUGUCGAUGCUCUUUCAAACGUCAUUUGACACUGGAACACUUCCUGUCGAUUGGAAGCUGGCGCACAUUACUCCGCUACACAAAGGAGGUAACAGGGCAGCGACGACAAAUUACCGGCCCAUAAGCUUGACAUGCAUUCUCUGCAAAGUUAUGGAAAGGAUCAUAAAGUGUGAACUAAUGCAAUUCCUGGAAGUUCACGGCCUGCUAUCGAAAUGCCAACAUGGGUUCCGAAAAGGAAGAUCCUGCACGACAAACCUGCUGCAAUCUCUCCAGAGCUGGACCCAAGCUCUCGACGACAGGCACGCGGUCCACAUAGCCUUCAUCGACUUCCAGAAGGCUUUCGACACUGUGCCACACCAAAGGCUUUUACAUAAGCUGAAAAAAAUAGGGAUCGGUGGCAACUUCCAUAAAUGAAUCGAAAACUUCCUUGUGGGUCGACACCAGGUUGUGUGCGUCGGUCGGGGAAAAUCAGAUCCGGCUAUGGUCGAAAGUGGUGUCCCCCAGGGUUCAGUACUGGGACCCAUUUUGUUCCUUAUCUACGUGGACGAUGCCGCAAGAGAUUUGGACUGUGAAGUAGCAAUGUUUGCGGACGACAUGAAGAUAUGGAAUGUAAUUCGUGGUCCUGCCGAUGAAGACAGACUGCAGAUGAACCUGAAUCGGUUGGAGGAGUGGUCAAACCGUUGGCUCCUGCGGUUCAACGUUGCCAAAUGUAGCAUACUUCGCCUAGGCAACACAGCCAGAUCCGCCAGAACAAGAGGCUACUUUCUGGGCGGUGCAGCCCUACAAGAGAUCGAAGCCCAAAAGGACCUCGGUGUGCUUACGACGAGUUCCCUAAAACCAUCCGCCCACUGUUCGAGGGUGGCAAAAAGCGCAAUGUCCGUACUGUACGCCAUCAAGCGUGCGUUUAUGGACUUUGACGAAGAAGUCUUCUCUAAGACAUUCGGAACAUUCGUCCGGCCGCAUUUAGAGUACGGCAUACAAGCUUGGAGGCCGUGGGGUGUUGUGGAUCAAAACUGCCUCGAAAGAGUCCAGAGGAGAGCCACGAAGAUGGUCAUGGGUCAAAGCUCCUUUCCUUAUGCGACCCGCCUAGUAAAUCUGAACCUCUUUCCUUUGAGUUACAGGCAACUUCGCGGGGAUCUCUUGCAAGCCUUCCGCAUUGUUAAGGGGUUGGAUUGCAGUCUGGCCUUCGAGGACUUUUUUGAAUUUGCUACCACGACCAACCUCCGAGGUCACCCGUUAAAACUGCGCACUCAGCAGGCACGGCUGGAUGUGCGGAAGUUCUCCUUCUCGGUUCGGGUGGUCAAACCGUGGAAUGAGCUUCCCGCAGAUGUUGUGAUGUCACCAUCUAUACAAAGAUUUAAGAAGAAUCUGGACAUAUUUAUGUACCGAAAUGACCAAGAGCGAUGAGAAGUCGAGCUCACUCCCUGUAACUCCUUCUCAUUUUGUCCCACCAUUAUGGGCGUGUUCGAACUAUUUCAGCCAAGAACAUCUAUCUGUACACCACACAUUUUUUACGUUGCAAAUAGGGUACUCAAAGGCUUACGCCUAUUUCCCUCAAUAAACUGAACUGAACUGAACUGAAAUAGCAAUUGCAUUUACAGAAAAGAACCGAAGAUAUUUAACAGUACGUGUCAGAGGAAGAAAUGAAAAGACUUCACGGUGACUGUUACGUCGUGCGUGAACAUGGUGUCUAUAAGAGGUGAGUGGGUUAUACGUGUGAUUACAUAAGAGUUUAAAUGGCAAAAAUAGUCCUUUUUGUUAUCUACGGAACCAUAAAGGAUCAAGGCCCGUAAGCCGGCAACGUUCUUGGUAAGACAAAUGUCGGUGUUCCGGGGUUAAAACUCUCUUGGUAAAAGUGUUGAACGAAUUCUAUUUUCUUCCGCUCAGUAGCACGCAUGAGGCUAAAUAAAAACGAACAGUACUCCAGGCCAGGUCUAACGUACAUGCUGUAAAGGCUCAUUCUAAUGUGCCUAGUUUUAAAGUUUCGAAGGAUAAACCCGGUCGUUCUGCGUGCUUUGGAGACUAUCAAGGCACAGUGCUCCGAGCGAUUGAGACUCUUAGAGUAUGACACGCCCAGAUCCUUAAUAACCCCUGGCACAUUUAUGGAGUGACCUUCAAUACUCAGUUGAGGUCGGCGGUCGUCGCCAACCACCAUGACUGUGCACUUACGCCAAGAAAGAGAUAGGCGCCAUGUGCGGCACCACUGGGCGAAAGCCUGUAGAUCGCUCUUUAGGAGCUCAAGCACGAUGUCACGAUCUGCCGGCUUAUAUCGAUAUGCAACUUUCAGAUCGCCGGCAUACAUGAAAGGCUUACCAUUCUGAAAUAAAUCGGGUGCAUCAUUAACGAAAAGGCAAAAUAAAAGCGGGCCGAGUACACUGCCCUGAAUGACUCCACUCCUCACACGUGUGGGGUUGGAGAUAGUAUUGGAAAUCUUAACGCGUUGUGUACGUGUGCCCGGGUAAGAGGUUAUACAAUUUAAAAGUUUGCCACCUAUUCCGAAAGAGGACAGUUUCAAGAGAAGAAGAGCAUGGUCAACGCGAUCAUAAGCCAUAGUGAAAUCGAAAUAUACUGUGUAAAGUGCAAAACCAUUGUCCCUAGAUUGGAGAACAUAGUCAAAGAAAGAGAGUUGACAGUUGUCACAAGAUCGAGCUUUGAGGAAUCCAUGCUGAGCAGCACUCAGUAAGUUAUUCACUGUUAAGUGACACACCAUCCUAUCUUUGAUCAAUGUCUCUAAGAUCUCCGAAACUGCGGGGAGGGUGUUUAUUGGUCGAAAGUCAUCAAAUGACGUAGAUUUGCCGUGCUUAGGAAUGGGCAGAAUGUGUGAUUCCUUCCACAAGGUAGGAUAGGUUUCACUUUCAAGAUCGAGUUUAAAUAUCUUGCAUAGGAGGGAUGGGAAAAUCGUAUUUGCAUCGGCUUUUAAAAUGCUUACUGGGACACCAUCAGGUCCAGGACUAUAAGAGUCCUGGACUACUCGUACUCUUUCGACGAACUACAGACAGGUCAGUCUCACCUCAAUUUUCUGCAAAGUCAUGGAAUAAAUACUCAAAAGGGAGUUGAUGGCUUAUUUGGAAACCCACAACCUCUUGUCCAAUGCACAAUAUGGCUUUCGUAAGGGAAGAUCCCGUGUAACGAACUUGCUGUACGUGAAGAAAAGCUCGACAAGAACACUCUAUGCAAAACACGCUGUACAUGUAGCCUUCAUCGAUUUCCGAAUGGCCUCCUACAGUGUUCCGCAUCAGCGUCCCCGUUAAAAUUUGAGCGUAAUCGGUAUCGGCGGCAAACUUCUUAAAUGGAUCGAGAAUUUCCUUGUCGGCCGUUUUCAAAAGUUCUGCGUAGAACAACAGCAAUCAAGGCGCACAUUUAUAGAGAAUGGAUUCUCACAAGUCUCAGUGCUCGGACCGACCCUCUAUCUCUUGUUUAUUAAUGGUUGCGUAGAGGAGUUGGACUGGGACUGAGCCAUGUUCGCAGAUGAUAUUAAAAUCUGGAAAGUCUAUCAGAAUGCUGUCGACGGGACCGAUUUUCAGGAGAACCUUCAUCCACCAGACGAGCGGUUCCGCAGAUGGCUCUUGUCCUUCAAUUUGAGUAAAUGCACCAUACUGAGUCCAGGAAAUCUCAACGGGUACAUAAUACGUGGCAAUAUUAUUUAAACGGGACGCCUAUCAGAGAAGCAGAAACUCAGGGGGACCUCGGAGAUUGGACUGCAGACACCUUGAAGCCUUCUACGCAACGCUGUAAGGCAAUUAAAGCUGCAACUUCGAUAUUGCACGCCAUCUGGCGGGCAUUCGCAGUUUUCAAUGCAGACUGCUUCUGAACAGUCUUCUGCACGUUUGUACGGUCGCCGUCGGAAUAUGCAAUCCAGGCCUGGAGACCCUGGAUGAAGCAGGAUUGCAAUCUACUCGAAAGGGUGCGGAGGCUGCCACGAAACUGAUACAAUGCCUUAUGAGGCCCGCCUGAAUAAGCUUAAACUCUAUCUUCUGAAUUAUAGGCAGUUGAGCGGCGAGCUAAUACGAACUUUCCGUAUCCUGCGUGGCUUGGACUGCGUUCCCCGGGUGCGACGACUUUUUUUCAACUUGCCACGGCAAAUAACCUUCGGAGACAUCCGUUCACACUACGUGUUUCCAGAGAAAGAUUGGAUAUGAGGAAGUAUUUUUCUCCAACCGUGUCGUGGAACCGUGGAAUAACCUGCCCUAUGGGAUUGUAACGUCCCGUCUGUGGGGACACUUAAACGUUGUUUGGACAGAAGUCUAUUACACCAGCAAGCGGACUGUGUAACUUUGUAACCGGAAAAAACCAAUGCCCUAUGUGAAUCGAUGUCUGAAUCCACUUAUUGCUGGGAUCUCGUCAUGUUGUUGCAUAUGUUAAGGAUUUUUAUGUACAAAUAGGGAAUUUAAAGGCGUAAGCCUAUUUUCCUCAAAUACACUGGCUGGCUGACCUCCAGGACUCAGAAUACUGAAUUAGUUCAUAAACCUGGGUCGAAUCUUUCCCGCUUCCCUUCCAGGCCACUCAAGUCCGACCUUGCGCUAAGAUAAAAUAAGCCAGAUAAUAGCCCAGGGAGAGCUUUACAUAUUUCUGUAUCGAAUUCUCAACUUAAAGAAGACAUGACAGUUAUGAAGCCCACUAACGCAGCAGCCUGUAAAUGCAAGUACACAAUGCUGCUGGUAAUUCUCCCAGUCCCACUGCUAGCCUGAAACCCAAAAUAAUAAGGAAUUCUCUUAAGGUAAACAGUUUCUCGAAACAAUUUUGUCCGUUUUCUAACCUAAAUCAUCCCUUAUAUUAUGCUCAAAAUUAUGAAAAUCCUAUUUUUAUGCCUUCUAUUUUUCCACCCCCAUGAAAUAGCAUUCCUCGUCAUGGGUCCUGCCCAAGUGUAUUUCCAUAAAUUGCUGCACCUUUAGUUAGUGGUAAUAUCCCCACAACUUUCAGACAACAGCAACCUUGAUUCCCACCCUUCUCUUCCUCCCUACAGCUUAAUUUUCCACCACAAACUCUUCAUUUUUUAUAAGUUAUAAUGGGCGAAACCAAAGUUUGAGGAAUACACCCAGUCAUGUCUCUCUCAACGCAAGAUCAGUCGUGCAAAAGAUACUACGACUAAGAAGUGUGGCCUUGGUGUUUGACUCAGAUGUUUGGUGCACUACAUAAUCUUCCGCUCGCUUUCUAAUUCCAGACAAGGCGCUCGCCAUAGAUAGCCUCAGUUUAGACCGUCAGGAUCGUGUUGAAUAACUUGGACGUGAUUGCCUUCCUUAAAUCAGAUCCUCACUUGCAUAUUCGCCGUAUGACCUGAACAUUUUAUCCUUUUCCGAAAAUUUAUGUUGUGCUUCGGUAAUCCUUCCACAAAAUAGGAAAGCCUUCAUCAGAUUUGUACAUAAUGCCAUGUUACCUUGGAAAUGAAAGCCAACUCUGUGAACUGUUUGAAAAAGUCACAAAGAUUUCCUUCGAUGUCAGGAUUGUAGCGGCUAGGUGGCGAGAAUUAUUGCUUUGAGCGCUACAAGCAACAGGCUAACCCCCAUAUUGUAAGGAUAAGACAGAAGGCAACAGAGUGAGGGGUUUAGUGUAUACAAAAUCCGGAGUUGUCCUCUCAGGCGGCAGUGGCCACUGGCGAAGCCAGUGCUGGCGUUGACUGCAUUCAGUCAUUCCUGAGAGUCACUGUGUUUGUGACGGCAGCCGCUUUUGUAGGCUCCUCGGCCAAGCUCAAGUGGUCUUCAAUCGGUGUGUGUUACGUUUGCCGAGAAGUGGUGUCCCAGUGGUUUGUUUUUGCUGUUUGCAGGGGGUGGCGCGUUCAAGUGGCGCAUGGGUAACUGCGACGCUGUGUGGACGCAAUUGUGUCCGAAUUGAAUUCGGUCGAGUGGCUUCAGGUCAGCUCAUUUGGGACGGCUCGCUGCAAGGGGUGAAUGACCUUGAGACAUCAAGGUCCUGAACAAUGACGCCAGACCGAUCAUAAUGGCUGCCCGCUACAUAUGCCAUUGCAUGUGACAACCACAUCUGAUUCUGAAACCGAAAACACCCAUGAAGUGACUCAAGCAAACUGUUGGGGGUAAGAAUAUUUUCCAAAACUUGCGUUCUCAUAUAAAAUUCCAUGUUUCCGUACGUUAGUUUUCCCUCAGAAACUCUGAUCCUCUGUCUCCUGUCGUUUAAUUCUUUCCGUUACACCCUCUUAAGACAUAAACAUUCCCUAAGCUUGCCCCCUGUUUCUGGGUUUCAACUAUCGCAAUUUUUAUUUUGACGCAGGGUUUUUGUUUAAUGCUGUAGCACUACAGACACUGGCCGAACGUUAUCUCACUAUUCGAGAGUUCAUAAAAACCGGCUUUGAUCGCCGGAACAAGACGUUUUUUCGCCUGACAAUCCGGAUUAUCUCCGGGAUCCUUUAUAAGAUACAGUUGUAGAGAAGGUGCACCUUUGCCCUAGUCAUGGUCGCCGAGCCUGGCUAGGGCGAAGAUCGCCAGAACCCGAAUCUCCUCUUCCCGAGCCAAUUUUAUCCAAGUCUAACAAUUCAAACCUUUAUUUGCUGAUAAUUUCUAGGAGCUCUGGAGCUUACUUCAAGACUGAAUCUCUGUCUGAUUUUCACAGAACUGCAAUCUAGUGCUCCAGAAUCUCUGAACUGGAUUUGUAGCUAAAAUAUCUUCAAUAGUAUGUACUCCAUCACGCUUAAAGGCACCUCGAAGGCUUAAAAAUUGAUGAAAUUUACUAAUCGUGUACAAGAAAGUAUUCGGCUGUUCAUAUAAGCCAGUUGGUUUUCUGGUUGUGCAGUCUGGCCCAUGUGGUGGGUUUCACCAUUGUGGACUUAUUUUUCUUGAGUUUUCCUCCGUAAUCGUCCAUGCAUAUGUCAGUCAGUUCAUCUUUAUGACAUGUCAUCAUUUGUAGUUUUGCGUAACAUUCCCAAAUCCUUUGCCGGUAUACCGAUGUGUGCGUCUUAGUGCAUGAUCGGGGACUGUGACGCUACUAACAUGGUUCGGCAGCUGGAUGAAACGAGUCACAAUUGGGGAUCGUAAAUGGUGGGGGUCGGUAUUAGCGGGGAGUGUAGGUUGGCUUUCUGAAGACCGGCCAAAGUACUUCGCAGCGUGUCUGUAUUUUGACUCUCCGCAUUUGAGGAACUUCCAACCAGGCAAAACGUUUUCCUACGUAAACUUUGAAGACCGCCGCAUUCCACACGCCCCAGUUAUAACCGUAUGGUACAUCCACGUAAGGCCGAAAGCCUGUCUGGUGGAAGAUGUUUGGCGCAUAUUGAGUGGUUCAGGACUUUUUUACAAUUAUUUGGAAAUUUACGUGAUGAACGUUUUUGUACCCGCCACUGGAACCUAAUAUAUCAUCUAGUCUUAGUCUCAGUUCUGCCUUAAAAAAACUUAGCCGAAUGUAUUUGCAGUCCGAGACGCUAUCGUUCAAUGCAGUUGUAACCCUCCGCCUGUAUAUCAUGCAACCUUUACUUUCCAGCCCAAUCCCCUCACUGUUAUUUCUUAAGUGCAAAUAGCGCAAACCACUUGAGACCUCAAUCUUCCUUUAACUGUGCCAGAGACCUUUGUAGUAUAAGGUCUUCUGCAAUUUGCUUGUUCACUAUGUGCGCAUAUGUACUCACAUCUGUGAGAACUGCCCUUACUGAUCCCCCUUAAAAGUCAUUCGUACCCCAACAACCACAUGUUCUGCCAAAUGUUUCCAGCGCAGACUCUACGCAGAAACCAGUUGUCGUCCACACUGGAAGUUCACGAAAACCUAGUUACUUUUGGCUUCUAUCGUUUAAAUGAAGGUUCUUGGUCCUGUUGAGAGUUUAUGUUAGUUUCCGAGUUUUGACUAAGAAUUCCCUAGUAGCAAACUAUAUCGAGUAGAUAUAUAUUAGAUAUCUUUUUAUCGAGAUAUAUAUAUAUGUAUAUCGAUUAGAUAUCUAUUUUGUCGCAAAAAAUAGAUAUCUAUUAGAUAUCGAUUAAUCGAGAUACUACGCCGUCGGCGAAAAGGGGGGUAAUAUGCUACGCGUGGAAUCGUUUGCUUAACCCAAUGCCCUUUUCUACCCCCCAUUCAUUCCUUAUCGUGUGUUUAAUCCCCCCUGUUACCCAGAGGUACUUUGGAGAUAGUUAUUGUGGAAUAAUUAUAUUGAAAAGUAAAAUAGUUAGAUAUGUACAAUGCUUAAGCAUUUGCUGAAUCCCUUCCGUGAUCACUGUGUUGACAGAGGCCGGCAAUCAGUAGAAGCUCCUGGGAUGUUGUCUACAAUUCAGAAUUAGUUUUAAUAAACGGCACUCAAUUAAACUUGCGUCUUUUGUGUUCUUAGGACGUAGCUGUCCAUCGACCUUUCCAGGCACUUGGUAAAAGCAGACUGAAGGUGAAGACUUCCCUUCACGAAGUCGUCUACAUUGUACCCACCGAGGCACGUGGGGUAGGAAGUCUAACGCCAGAGGGAGUUAUAAAUUGGGUAGCAUACCAAUUGGUUUCGGAAGCUAUUGUCCAGUAGUUGGAAACAACCUUCCAGUGGCUCUCAGUGACAUGGAUUGUGGACGGCAGUGUUGCCAUUUGCUUACAUAUCGGAAGCAAUAUACGCAUCUGAUCGCUAACUGAUGACACUUUUGGAGAAUAAGUUCAAGGAGAAGUGACAUUACCGUCGUCUGUCUGGCCGCCCAAAGGGAUGGUUUCGAAAGUCAUCGGCGUUCUCCUGUGGCUCCUGAAAGAUAUAACGGCAUUAUUUUCCAUCACUUACUGGAAAGCCUCGUUUCCAUACCUCUUAAUACGACGUAAUCGUGUUCUCCGGGAUUCCUGCCUAAGCAUGGUUAACAUGGAACAAUAGCAAACAAGAGAUAUAAAGGAAUAAUGGCAAGUAAGUGCAAGGACUGUCAACUCACGCGUUCCACGCCGCUCACGCGAAAUAAUGGCGCGCCCGCGUGUGCGUGCAAUCGAUAAACGACUAAAGGUGGCCAAUUACGUGACAGACAUACAUAUCUCGAUAAAUCGCCAUUCACGUAUAUCUACUCGAUAUCUAUUGCUACUAGGGUUGUUAAUUAGGUUAGUCAGUUGACAUUGUCUGAUCACCUUUCAUGGCUCAAAUUUCUACGUCCUUGUUUUUGGAGCAAGCGGCGGAAUUUUUAAAACGGCUACCGGGGGCGAAUAAGCUUUUAAAUCCAGGCGCAGCUAAUCUUCUAAUAGUCGAAACUAUGUUUAAGGCCUAAACGAGUGGGGGGUGUAGCCUGACAUUACAGCGCCGCCUGUUCGUUUCCGAAAACACUUAUUGUAUAGUAGUAUGUGUUCCGAUUUACUGUUAACUGACGGAUGUAACUAAACGACCCUCUUCCAGCCAACAGAAAUACUUGAGUCCGUAUAUUACUCUGCUAUAAAGAUUGCGGAUCUUAAUGUCUCUUUUUGAAAAUGGCAACAAACUACUUUAUGAUCUCUGCUCGUGUGUUGAGAAUCCAUACCGCCCCAAUAGAAUACGAGGUACUUAAACCGUACAAGAUCCUUGUACUUUAGUAGUCAGUAACUCUGCAUAAACACGAAAACGUUGUAAAGAACCACUGUGUCAUUCUAGUCGACUCGAAUUAUACACAUGGCCUCCGUGAACGCCACUCUGCCAACUCAGGUUUAAAAUGGAUGACUCGUCGAAUUUUCCGUAGGGGUUGUGCACAAAUGGAGAACCUGAACUCUCUGGGACUAAAGACUAGCUUUGAGUAGCAGCGACUACGCAUGCACAUUUAAAAGUAACACGGUACUCAGGGGGCCUAAUCGUAGCACUAACUAACUAUUGCCUUUGUUGCAUUUACCGAUCAUCACACACUUGAAUUGUCUUAUAAUUCUCUAGGUAGCGACUUCUUUAGCCGGUCUUUUUCAAACUUUCCUGGGGAAGAAGGCGGGUGGCCAACUGCGAACGGGCCGACGCCAAACAAGACCGGUUGUACUUUCGGAUUUGUGAAGAUCACUUUCUCGGUUGUUAGCCGUGCCAGCCAUUCUGUCGUUGUUAGCGUCAGCGAGUGACGCUGGCAUUUCUACAUAUUUUAUUUCCAUCAAGCAUGUGACUUCGUCUGACCCGAUCUUCUGUACGACGAGGAUACUUCACGUAGUCUAGACAUCAUGUUUUCUUUGGCCCGUGUCAAAUCACUGACUGGUUCUGAUGAAUGUUCAGGUAGAUCCGAAACCUAGCAGUUUAAAGUAGAAAGUUUGUGAUAUGUAGAAUGAUUAGAACUAUUAAAUCACCACAGCAUCGGUUGGAUUUUCGACUGGUAACAACGCUGUUCUCCCUUUGGACCCUUGUUAGUUGACAAAAUGGGUGAGGAGUAAGCAUGAGUUUGCAAGCUAAUAAACCUAACAGACAAGGCAGUCGAGAUCCUGUGUUUUAAAGGACGGUGUCAAUUCACAUAAUUCUAGAUAUGAUCUAAUAGAAAACGGGCUUAAAAUUGCUUCAGCUUGCGAAGAUACUACGCCGAGGUAUAAGUCGGAAUAAAAGCCGCCCCAGCAGUAUUAAUCGGUUGCGGAGUUCUAUGAGGCGGUUGUUUAAUUAUAUAGCUCGAUGUUUGCAUCCAUUCGAAGUGGUCGCAUCCAAGUAAUAAGUGUCAACAAAUGGGACGGUCAGAAGUAGUCUUGUAUGCUUUACUUGGAAAUUUUCCGUUCCAUUGUGACUUUGUUACCUCAUUCCCUGUUAUUUGCUUGUUCAUGUUUCGUACAGGAAAUAGCUUUUAUUUCCUUCUGAUUGCGACUGUGAAAUAACUGGGCGCUUUCCUUAACCGUGGUGCCGAGUGACACCAAAGGCAACGUUUAAUGACUUCCAACUUUUUGUACUUCAGUAAUAAAGUCUCCCAAAACAGAAUGGCGUCUCAGCCGUUCCGUCUUUCACUUUCGCUCCUGCCAUUUCGAUGCCUUUGCCUUCUUCGUUUUCAGAUCGCUAUGGAGUUGAUGUCGCAUUCGGAAGCACCGCCGUCUGACAGCAUUUGUGUGCGCCUCCUCAUCAACUAUGGUUCACGCAGUUUUCCCUGGGAGCGACGGCGCUUGGAAAGAGUCUUCAAGCGUCUACAGGACUCGAUGGACUCCCUCAUCUUCCUUCACAGAGACUGCUGCCUCUCCAAGGAGAAAUGUGAUCUCAGCAGAGCCCAGGCAAAACAGCUCUUACUGAACUCCGUCGCCACUGUCACCGAUCCGCUAACAUUUGAGGCACAAUUUAAGUACGAUCUGGACGCUGAUUGCUCGGGACCGCAUGCGGUCAUUCGCGGCCCUCAUAGCUCUCGCUACGGCCCUCAUCUGCUCAGGGUGGAUACUCUACUGCAUUUGGAUGCGGGCGAAGAGGGCCUAACAAGGCCUGACCUCUUUCACGUCCUCACAACUGCCGCAGCGGCCUAUUUGGAGCAUUAUUUAGCCGCCCUGGUUUUCCUGUUAUCCAAGUACGGAGCCCUUCCACGGACCCUCACCAUGCAUCACUUUUUGGUGGAGGAUCGACUCAUUCACAUACUUUAUCCCCCGCCAACUGACGAGGAGGCCGAGUGGCGCACGCAAAUCCACAAAGGUUUGUAAGAAUUCAUGAUCUUAUGCUUCUUUGAUCCCCUAUUAGCCGAAAUUCACGUGUCCCUUACGGAACUGUUCUGCACAUGCGGUCGUCUAAUAUCAUCCGAGACAAGUAUGGGGUUGUGGGGUUGAAGGAGGUAAUGCAGUGUGUCCACUGAAUGUUUUGUAAACUCGGCAUUUUUAUCCAUAAAACCAGUCUCUCGGACGUUUGGAACAACGGCAGCCUCUUUGUCUGAUUUAUUCAACGCCGCUCAUGAGCAAAGCAGGGCUUUUCGACCUUCUAUUUCACCACCCUUUGUGUGAAAUGUUACGCUGCACUGUGUGAUGAUUAUCUACUUGAACUUGGCGCGGCUGUGAUCAUGCUUGAUCUAACUGACCUUGAUGAUCUUGCCAAUGGCACCUGUCCAUGUGUGAUGAUCUGCGAAAACAGAGAUGGACAGCUCGACUCCCUCCCAGUUCCAGCGGUUGAGACCGAAUUUCGAAGAUCCAAAGACCACUUUCAUGUCUCGGGGUUGUCGGGUUGAAGAACGUUAUGCAGUGUGUCCACUGAAUGUUUUGUAGGAUCCGCAUUUUUUGUCCAUAAAACUAGUGUUUUGGACGUUCGGAACAACGGCAACCUCUUUGCCCGUUGAGGAGCAAAGCAAGGCCUUCUGACCUUUUAUUUCAUCGCUCUUUUGUACGAAGUGUUACGCUGCCCUGAAUGAUGUUUGCCUGCUUGUACUUGGUGCGGCUAUGAUCAUGUCUGAUAUAACCGGUCUUGAUGGUGUUUCCGCUCUGCGAAAGCUGUGACUGGGACCGAAUUUCGAAGAUCCAAAGACCGCCUGCAUAUCUUGACAGGCUGUUUUCUGCCAGGUUUUGAGUUUGCUGCCUUCAGCCGCGUAUAAAGUGGACGGCGUACAACGCCGUCCUUCUUGGAUAGUCUGACAUGUUCCCGAAAUGUUUCCGUAGUGAGUACGGACGACCUCAUUUGAGACAAGCUCGGUUUACUUCACUUAAAGUAUAGUUCUCAGACCACAGGUGUCAAGCACGUAGAGUUUUCGCUCGUCUUCCGCGCACACAGCCCAGUAUUCACACCAGGAAGGAGUCUCAGUGGACGCGGACCUUUGUGGCUAUGGGAAUAUCGCGUCGGUAUCGGUGGCAGCCCAACACAAGGCCUGAAUCAGAUCUGGGUUAAUCGGUUAAUCGUAAUCUACCACCUUCCUCUUAGGUGCGACUCUCAUUGCACAUACAGUAGGUUGGCUAACUCAUGAAAUGUCAACCGAAAUUCCGAAAUGCGUUUUCGUUCCGAAAAGAUUAAUUAAGUAGGGUUGUAAAACUAGUCAGCCUGCAACAUAAUUCUAUAAUAUUUCAGUUACCUUAGGAUGCCGGCUUUCGAACGGACUUCCUUCCGGCUGCAUGCAAAAACUACACUGCAAAAAAAGUGGAUAGUUAAUUAGCAUACAUUUUUCUCAUUGAUUUUCGAUGCCCUUGAAAGUUCAAUUAUAUUUCAUGAAAAACAUGCACAAAAUAUUCAUUGUUUUGCUCAUUUGGUAGACAAUUACGUCUUGUUCCAAUCUUUUACUCGAAGGAAGGGUAUAAUUCGGUUUUCAAAACUUUUCCAAUUCCCGAAUAAUUUUGAACCCGCUCCAUCAUUACACUUGCAUUCAGGGUUUCCAAACUACAAGCCGUAUAUUUUCCGCAUACGGAAAACCACACAUUUCUCUACGGUCAUAAAGGGGGGACCAUAUAGGGUUCAUAAGAUUAAGCAGUGGAUUUGAUCCAUAUUUUUAACUUUACCAGCCACAUUGGUAAAUGCAGAGACAUGACGAUUUACGAACGGCCAUUUCACGGUAUUUAAAAGUCCCACAAUUAAAAACGUAUUUAAAUCCAAACUAUGUCCCUCCUUCGAGCAUACAAUUGGAAGUAGACGUAAUUAUCUACCGAAUGAGCAGAAGAGUGAGUAAUUUUGUACAUGUUUUCCAUUAAAUAUAAUUGGACCUUAAGGGGCAUCGAAAAUCGAUGAGAAAAUUCAUGCUACUUAAGUCGUCAUUUUUUACAGGGCGCAUUUUUCCCAUGCAGUCGGAAGGAAGUUCAUACGAAAGCCGGCAUCCUGAGGUAACUGAAAUAUUAUAGAAUUACACUGCAACCCUACUUAAUUAGUCUUUUCGAAACGAAAACGCACUUCAGAAUUUCGGUUGACAUUUCAUUCGUUAGCCCACCUACUGUACGCCCCACGUCCUCUAAACUCAAGUCUAAUCGGUCGACUCUGCUCUGUAACAGCUCAUGGUAGCCUAAUGUUGUCUCUUGUUUAUUCCUGGAAAUUACGUCUAACAGCACAAUGAGGAACUCUGUUUGAGGAGCUUACUUAUCGUUGGGCUCGUCGCAGUUGCCUCGGUUUGCACUAAUACUGGUUUACUCGACUCCAGAGUCCAUCGUACAUGUCGUUAAAUGCUCAUGUAAAUUCGCGUAAAUACAGAACAGACGGACUCACCGACCGCAUGGAUGUGACGCUAAUUCAUAAGAAGUCGGUGGCAGUUUUAACCUUAGCACUGUUUGACACCGCGCGUGAGCGUCGAUUUACAGGCGUAAUUGUAGAGUCCCAGGCCGCCUUUACAAACUCCGGGGGAAAAUAACGGCGAAUUGAUAAUCCAAUUCUGCCCCUGAAAGCCUCCUUCCUUUAGGGAUACGACCCUCAAUUCGCAGAAAUUGUCACAGCAUGGAACACCGACUUCAGACCCCUGUUGUGAUUGUUGUAGACCCUACAACCUUUGUUUAUCUCAACGUGAAAACUGCCUUUCCUAGACGCCCUGUCAGUCCAGCCGCCUUUACACCUUUCCCUUUUUUUCCUUCCGACGCAUUCUUCCACCUCGCUCCUCCUCACACAGGACUUCAGCUGCCCUUGAGACCGCUUUUGCGUCGCGGAAUGGCCCUCUUUCCUCCGCGUAGUUUCCAACGCUUUCUGGGACCCAGUUCUACCGACCUGGUCUGUCCACACACUCAUCUCGCCCUGCCUGGCAGCGACGGCACUUGUGAGGUCGUCCGUGGUCGGUAUACCUACAAGCACUACCUCCAGGUUGGCAAAUUUCCCUUCCCUUCACUUCCUUCAGUCGUCCAUCUCCCCUCUUUUUAUUACCGUUGCUAAUUAGCCACGCUAUCUUCGUCGUAGACUGGAGGAGUUUAUGGGGUACUCAGGGAAGGUAGUGACUUUGAUGAAUUUCGAGUCACACCAAGUCUCUGGCUGCAGAAGUUGGCCAUUCCACUCUGACCUCACCUGUCAGCUUUGGCUCCAGGCAGCUUAAUUAAUUCCCAAAAACGGACCGACACAGGACUAUAUCAGAUUCCUUCAGACGUUGUCGGGAAUGCACAUCCGUAACAAGUUCCAACUGUCAGGGUGCAAUGGCAGGCCCAGUUGCCGGCUCAAGUCGUGACAAUCGGGAUCCCUGCCGCCCACCCCCAUUGUUAUUCUUGGUCAAAAUCCUGGCCAAGUGUUUUUUGGUAGUGCGGCGAAUCCGUAGCAUGAAGCCGACUGGUGCAGCAACUAUGAUAGCUUAUACAGAUGCGAAGAGAGGUCGGGAAGAAAACCAGGAUGUCGUUAGGGUCGGUAGUAAGAGUCAACCAGUCCUCCUCUGGUCAAAUCAGAUUCAUUCAUUGUUUUGAAGCUCUGGAGCCCACUUUAUCGUACUCUAGUGGAGUCUUUUUGAUGAUCAGCGGGUAAAUAAGUGCCCAUGGUCAAGAUCCUCUUCGCCACAUUCGUAUUGCAUACUCAGGACUGAUUACUCCGCUGACCCUGAUAACAGCGGUUUUCAUUUGUCCAGUUUGAGUAGAAACUUAUUUGUGGCCUGCCGCUCUGCCGGGGAGACCAGAAAAAGGCACGCAUCAGGAUUAAUGACUGUCAAUUUGAAAAAGUAGAUGGUUUGAAGUAUCCACCGCCGCCGAAUAGACGGAAUGAUGACGGCAUUGUCUCCGGAUCGAUGCUGCUCGCUGGGUUUUCACGCUCCUUAUGGAGUCUCUAUGAACCCGUCGCGAUAUCUGAAUCAGCAACAAGAUCCACGUGUACCGGCAUUCGCCCUGUGCGCAUGCAGGAUGGGCGAAAGCGUUUGAUCACCGCUGCCUGAUAAACACCCUUCGGGUGAAGUACACUGGCCUGAUCCCACAUAAGACAGUCCGCACUCACUGCGACAAAAUCACGAGGAUACCUCAAGCUAUUCAGGAAAGACGACCGGGGUGGUUUGCGCACUUUUUUCGUCAUUCGCCUCACGAGUUUAGCGUUGCUGCCCUUGAUUCGGCGCCGUUGCCCAUCUGGAUGCGUCGAAGAGGAGGUCAGUUCAAAACCUGACUCAACACAGUUCGCCCAAACGUGGAAGGGGUUCUUGUGCCCUCGGUACUUCGUCUCCAUCGCUGGAGGGCAGGGGAGAAUAGCUCAGGCUCUCUAAAUUCACUGCCGCAUAUCAUCAGGCGUGGAGAGGCACAGUUCCCGAUAUCAUCGAGGCUGGCUAGACCGCAGCUGCGCCAAUAACCAUCAGUUGAGACUGUACGAUGAAGGCAGGUGCGCGCAUGAAUUCAAUGGAUUAUUGACUCAUUUACCCUCUCUGUCUUAGGCCGACAGACAAGGAGUCUCUCUCUCCCCCUCCCUGAUAUAUUUGGGCCCAAUCCUGUAUUACUCUUCCCUGAGCGCCAAAAUCAUUGUUUGAAACAUUACCAGCUGGAAAAAUAACUCGCUCCUCUUGCUAGAAAGCCAAGUUGAAAUGACUUUCUACCAGUAUUGCCUUAGGGCGGUUUUCGCCGAUGUCAGCUCCUAUUCACUGUUCCGGUUGGUUUGAGAUGCCAGUGCCUGUGUGUCGCACUUAUGCUCAAGUCUCCUUGACUUAGUCACUAACCUGACGGAUGUGGCAUGAUAUCGUGAGGCAGAUUCUGUCCAAAUCGCCACUGCUCCUGGGGGAACAGCGCUGGUCCUUGCCGAGCCCGACAAACGGUGUGUUUGACCUCUAAACUAUAAAAAAAGAGUGAGCCAUGAAAGGUGCUAUAGUGCUUUCUGGUUUAUUAGUCAUUCUAAAAAGUGCAUGCGUCAGCCCAAUGUCGGGGAUGCCUGCACUUGAACACGUCGCGAAUACGGAGACACUAUCGCUAGAACAAGAGCUUUAUUAGCGUGACGUUUUGGAUUCUCUUUCGAAUCCGAAAUGUCAGGGCCUAAUGAAGCUCUUGUUCCAACGAUCGUGUCUCAUUCCUCGCUACUACUACUUUCCGGAACACGUCUCUUUGCUUCUGUUAGCAACUUGAGCACAUGUCAACUUGGCGUUUGAGUUUGCCGAUCACGCUUACUUGCAUGUACUCGGCGCAUCUGCGAUCAAUUCCGAUCUAGUCAGCUUCGUCCAUAAGGUUUCUGGGAAAUUCUCAGUGAGGACGGAUCCCACCGACUGGUUCGUUCGAGGUUGUCUCUUCUGGCGCAUUGGCAAGGCACUUGUUGCAAGCACAUUUAUUUUAUGGCGCUUCACGGUGGGCAUGUUACACUGCCAUCAUUAGUGCGUGAUGGAAUCAGUCUGCGUGCUCUGGAACCCUUGUCGCCGCUGGUCUGCGAGUGCGUGUUUGCCAGACUCGAGAGUCUGUUUAGUUCGCAACUAACCAUCGCUGAAUGCUGUUCAACUCUCCACCAGCUGUGAACGCGUCGUGUGGCCGUCGUCGUAAGCGCCAUCGGUACUACUCACACUCCUGUGGAGCUGGCGUUCUGCGAUUUGACCUGAUUGCUAGUUGUACUGCCGACUUUUCGACAUUCCCAUCUUUCUUGCGGCUCGCCAUAUCUGGACGAUCAUUGUGUUGUACGCAGCUGACCAGUGGUGACUGAUGCGUCUGUAUUGAUUUGCUUUGAUUACUACCCCUCUGCUUGCGUGGCAGGCUUCGCUUCUCUUGUAAGUGUAUACUUUGAACAAUCGUAGAACAGGUCGCAUCAUGCGCAAGUAAACCUGCUUCAGCCUUCCCUAUCUGCCUACCUUUUAUUCCCUCUCGGUGGAACGCGACUAGGACGGCGAAAACGACAAGAACUGGGGUUGUGCCUACCGCUCCCUUCAGACCCUGGCGUCCUGGCUCCUCUGGCAGGGAAUUGUAACGCCCGUCCGUGAACUGCCCUCUCUACGCGCCAUACAGGAGUCACUGGUGCGCGUGGGAGACAAGCCGGCUGCGUUUGUGGGCUCUCGUCAGUGGAUUGGUUCUCUUGAGGUAGGUGCUCACCCCGUAUUCCCCUGUUCUUCUAUAUUUCUAUCUUCAUGGCACUUCCCCUUUCGUCCAUCACUGUGUGCUCACUUCCGUCUCACUGGCUCUCGAAUGCCGGAACGUUAACCUACACCUUCUGGCCCUAAAUUGUUACGCCAAGAGCUGCUAUUCUGGGUCCCACUCUCCCUUAUUUUCGCAUUAAUAUUCCCUCUGCAGCCCGCCUUCCGUUACCGAGAAUUGGGCCGAGUACUUUCAAUCUCAGUGGCGACGCUGUCUUAAAUUCAGUUUUCAUUUGAUCUGAUACCCGUCUGCCUUGCUGCCUUAAUCAUACCCUCCGCAGUCCUCACCAUUUUCGCAGUUUUGGGAAUAAUUUUAACUCAGAAUUCUAGCCGAACAAAAGCUAGGGGACUCAAGAAUGGCUAUCUCCGGACUACUAGCUGCCAUCUGAGGUUCGAGUCCGGAUCAAACGUGUUAUUGCGCACUUAUUGAUUGCCGCUUGCGGCCUCUACAACGGGCUGCACAGCGGACGUGCUGGGCCAAAAAGACAUCAGAUUGGCUCGCGGCACGAGUUUUUCUGGCUGCGCCGGGUUCGCGCCUGUCCAUGACUACUGAACGCCUUAGGCGGUGGUCUUUACACCGCACCAGCCACUCCGCGCAAUCCCAUCACCAGAUGGUUGGCAGGCUCUGACAACCGACGGGUGCGUGGGAGAGAGAGAGAAUAGAGAGUGAAGCCGACGCUAUGGAAUUCGUCAUCGCGACACACCGACGCAUGCCAGGCUAUAGUAAAUCUGACGCGUUUGCAUCAGUCCUCCUGAGGGCUAAGAAUCAAGCUGCAAUGGUCCCUUAUAUUGUGCGCUUACAGUAUUCUCAUCUACGUGAGCUCCGAAACGUCCUCAUAAAGCCCCGGUGCAUGGAGUGGAGAUCGGGUUGUGUGUGGCACGCGUAGCUGACGCUAUUGCUUCCGAGUCCAUCGGUCGUCCUGACGUUGUCUUGUCAUCGGAGCAACCUUUUGGAUGCAUAGUACUCGUUUUGGCAACUAUUGACUGACAAUCAUCAGCUUGUUCCUGUCCAGCUGGAAGGUUUGAAGAAUUUUCUGUCCCACAGGAGUUUAAAGCAAGCGUAACAGAAGGAUCUGUCGUGACCAGGCGGUGCGAGUAUGUAUGUCAGAGCGCUACUAUCGUCAGGCCAAAUUCCAAGUUCUAAGGGAGAAGACAAAUGGCACCAGAAUGAGGGGUUUUUUGUGUACAGAACCCACAGUUGUCCUCUCAGGCGGCGGUGGCCGCUAGCGAAGCCAGGGCUGGUGUUGACUGCGUCCAGUCAUGCCUGAGAGUCUCUGAGAUAUUGGUGGCAGCCGCUUUUGUAGGCUCGUGGGCCAAGCUCAAGUGGUGUCCAGUCAGUGGGCGUUGCAUUUGCUGAGGGGCGGUGUCCCAGGGGCUUGUUUUGCUGGUUGCAGGGGGGUGACGCGUUCAAGUGGCGCAUGGGUAGUCGCGACGCUGUGUGGACGCAAUUGUGUCCGAGCUGAAGUCGGUCGAGGGACUUCAGGCCAGCUCGUCUGAGACGGCUCGCUGCAGGGGGUGAAUGACCUUGAGGCAGUGAGGUCUUGAACAAUGACACCAGACCGGUUAUGAUGACUGGCCGUCACAGAUCUAUCGGUAGCAAAAAAGUGGAUGCUUAGCAACUGCUUUCUGUUGCCUCAGGACAUGAAUAAGGAGUAAUUCUUCGCAGCUAGUGUAAUUUAUUCAAAAAAUCAAUAUAAAAACAGAAAGGUCAUAGCUAGAAACAGUCCAAUCGAUGAAAAAGGUUCCCUACGGACGUUAGAAAAGGAAAAAUGGCACGAUAACCUGGAAUGUAAACUUGUAAACCAAUGGACUGAGAGUUACCAGUCGACUUUGCCGCAUGGUCUAGUUGCUUGAGCAGUUCAGAUCUUUUCCUCCGGAUGUAGGCUGCUUCUGAGUUAGAGUAACAUUACUGACAAAGACAAGGCAGAGUGGAAUGGCCAUUUCCGGCUUAUUGGCCGUCGUCAGCCAGUCAUACCCAACCACGAAGUGUGGAACACCUGGGGCUCGAUCCUGCGACCUGUUGGUUAGAAGUCCACCUCCUCUAACCACUGAGCCACGGGUUCGUUGUCCUGUGGAUUGCGACUGGGCAUAUACAAUGGUAGAGGGGCGCCCACCGAUGAUCGUGUUACGGAGCCCACUCUUCCGGUUGUGCUUCUGAGCUAUACAUUGUUCAUGCAUGUUCACGAACUCAAAAGGCUUUUCUUGGGUCGACAGAGCGCCCACCAUCCAGAGGAGGCGGUUAGUGACAUAGGAACGACAACUUUAUGUUUUUGUCUUUAAAAGACAUCUAGGCAAGUGUUCAAGUGGCCUAGCUGCCAGUUGCCUUUGCGUUCGCCCGACGUACAGUCACUGAUUGAUCUCACGUAAUGUUAAUCGGAAUUCUGAAGUGUGCUUUUGACAGGGAAAGGUUAUCUAAGUGAGGUUACAAUAUUGAUUAUAACUCGACAGAAUCUCAUAAGAUUUCAGACACGCCUGGAUCUUGGCUUUUUACUGUAGUUCCCCUCGGCUGUCGCCAAGGGCCGCAUCCUUCAAAAAAUGGCUACUUAAGUAACAUUCGUUUUUUUCUAUUGAUUUUUGGGAAAAGCCCAUACUACGUAAGUAGUCAUUUUUUGAGCUCAGGUUAUCACAAGUAAGAGAUUCGGGUUUAUAAUCUUGGGAAAACGAAGUGCUCACCGGAUCGAGGGACUUGUUUGGCUGACGUUUCGAAGAGCUGGGGCGGCUCUCCAUUAUCAAAGCGUCUAGUGAAAAAAAUCGAUCAGAAUUUUGAAUGGACAGCCAGACUAGUUGGCCUUGGGCUGAUCGAUUUUUUUUUAUUCUUUCGCUGCCUUGGCCUACUGGCCGUCGCUUGUGAGUGUUGGUGACCUCCUGUAUUGUGUGUCGUCACCUCAAUUGGGGUUAGUUGCGUUUGCGCCCCCCUUUUGGGUGAAUUGGUCGAGGGGCCGUGUUUGCUUGGUAGUCUUAGGCUCCGUAUGACCAUCUUGUUCUGGUCAUGGCGUAUGUGGUGACGUAGGACUUUAUAGGCCGCAGGAAGGUUUAGAUGCCUGUUGAUGGAGUUGGCAUCUGAGUGCCAAGCCUCGAGUGUGAGACGCUCUGUCCUUGAAAUGCCCCUGCCUAAGACGGCUGCUCCUUGAAAAUCAAAACUGUGACCAGUUUCCCCGAUGUGAGCCGCAAGCUGUGAGUUUGGUUCUAGUCUCCGAGUUGCCCGUUUGUGUUCCUGUAGACGGGUCUGUAAUUUCCGUCCGGUUUCCCCAACGUAGCUGCAGUCUCCAUCGUUACAACGUAUUUGAUAGACAACUGCUGAGAUUUCAGUGGGUGGCAGUAUGUCUUUGGGUUGCAUCAGACGGCGACGAAUUGUUGCCAGGCAGUUUUUCCAGACAGUUUAAAAGGAUCAAAAGUCAACAUCCAGCCACAUCUUAAAUGCCAUGAGAUUAUCCCGCACGACAAUCACCAUUGCAACUCCAGUUAAGUAAUUCGUCCUAAUCGAAAACUCAUUUUAGAAUUUUGGUUCAAAUUUAAUGAAAUUGGUUACUGACCAUCUUGUAUCCGCAAGUAUGGGUGAAUUACUAAUGACAAUUUGGGGCAACUUGCAUAGGCAAGGCACCCUUUUUGUUCUUUUAAUCCAAGUAGUCAUCCCAGGACUUUCAAAUAUUAGCUGAGCUGAAUCGUAAGUCCUUCUCAAGGUAAAGCUGACUUUGCCCUCGUAAUCUCUAGUCCUUUAAUUUGCGCACUCCAUCCUUGGUUCACCGCGUCUUUAAGUGACCUUUUUGCAUUAGUCGGACUGCAUGCUCUAGCCUAUGAACCCGUUGUUUUCCCACUCAAUUUCCGAAUAAAAUCAGCCGGCUGUGUAGACAUUACUUGCUACGCAAUUUAUCUGGCGUCAAUUAAAAGAUGUUUUCCAUCUGUCAACACCCACCACAUUUGCACGUGGUGUGAUGGCCGACAUUCGCGUCGUUAAUUGCUGCAAUUUCAUCACAUGCGCUGGACGUUAGUGUGAUGAUUGCUCGACCAUCUGACGCACCGACCCUGGUGUUGGGAAAAGUGUUCCCCUGUGCGCUCCCCGCGUGGCCAAUUACUCCGCCUAGGCGAAGUCUCAGCACCGAGUAUAGAAAGGGGAGAUCAUUGCACUUGUUAAUGGACUGGGGGCCAGUGAACCAUGACUCAAGCAGCUCCCGGCUCACGCGGUUUUCACCUCUUGCGAGAAUUCCGGCCUUGUCAAAUUUGAAUGUGUGGCCGGAUCUCGUCGAAUGAGCCGCAACUUGAGAGCUAGCGUCAUUUCUCCGCACCGCUGCCGCGUGUUCGGCCAUUCGCGUUUGUAGUUGUCUUCCGGUUUCUCCGACGUAGUUGCUUUGUCCGCAACUGCACCAGGUCCGAUAAACGACUCCAGACGUUUCUAGCCGUGGCAGUGGGUCUUUCGGUUUCAUUAACUGACGCCUGAUGGUUGCCUCCGGUCUGUGUGCAGCUCCAACCCCAAAUGGUUCGAGAGGGCUGUCGACCGCUUCCGAAACAUUCUUGACAUAUGGAAGCGUUCGCCAAAAUUUGGUGUCCGUGCGGUUAGGCCUUUCGUCCCUUUUGUGUAUGGACCGGUUGGCGAAGUUGCGCGGGUAGCCAUUGGCUUUCAAGACCCGUCGGAGGUAUUGUAGUUCAGCAGUCUUGUCUUCCGGCUCAGUGCAGUGUGUUUCGACACGCCGAUAGAGCGUCCUUACACAGCUGCGUCUGUGGCUGAUUGGGUGGUUGCUGUUGAAGUUCAGUACUUGCAUCGUAUUUGUCGCUUUCCUAAACGCUUUGGUCUUUAGUCCACCACAAUCUUUGCGGCAUACGAGGACAUCCAGGAAGGCCGGCUGGUUGUUCUCUUCCUCCUCCAUCGUAAAUCGUAUGUCCGGGAAGACCGCAUUCAGAUGUUCCUUGAAUGUCAGCAGUUGAUCCUGGUCGAUAACGACGAAAGUAUCAUCCACAUACCGGGCCCAGAACUUCGGUUUAUGGUGUUGGAAGACCAGUGACUCUAAUCGUUGCAGGACCACCUCGGCGAUGAAUCCCGAAAUCAGCGAACCCAUCGGUGUGCCCUUCACCUGUUCGUAGAUUGUCCCGUCGAACGUGAAGUACGUCCUGAGACAGAACUUUAGGAGCUGAAGGAGUUGGGCGUGUCCAAGACGAUUCUCCGUUUCAUCGUAUUUGCUUUGUAGAAGCAGCUCGAUCGCCAGGUCCUUGGGAGUAGAAGUAGAAAGGGAUGUAACAUCAAAAGAUGCCAUGACCUCAUUUGGAUGGAGGCUUACCCCUUUGAGUUUCUCCAGGAAUUGUGCUGGCGAAGAGACCGUGGCGUCUGACUCAGUGUUGUCGGUCAUUUAAAAGGAAGCGUGUGCCCGGCGAUGUGGGCGCAGCAUCGACUGACUUGUGCCGUAUCUACUGCACUCCCUCUCCCGCCACCGACCGGUUUCGCGGAGAAAAGCGAAUUCACAGCGACCGUGUGAACCCAGUGGCCGGCGAAGCUGAGGUCACGUCGACGCAUGUCGUACAUGUGCUGCCCCCCCCCCCUACCCUUCUAGUGCGUCAGUCCGACAUCUCCCGCAGGUGAGGGUGCCAUAAAACCCACAUUGAGAAGGCGCUCUUGCAUUCUGACCCUCAGUCCGGAAUAGAACCAAGUCAACUGGCGACUUUCCGAGCCACGACUGUUGUCGCGUCGGGGUAGGUUAGGAGUACAUUCUCCUUUUAUGCCGGGAAACUAAACAUCAUAUCCGGGCCUAAUCGAACUCAAUCCCCCCCCCCCUUUCUCAUACCAACGUCAAGUCCGAAUCAGUCCGACUGCUUAUGCCUACCGAACUUGCCUCCAUAUUUGCCUACAUAUAGAACUGGAGGCAGGGAAUUCUAAAUUAGCCACUUUUGACUUUAUGGAGAUGCCAUUUUUCUUACCUCGUUGACUCCUCUCCCUGAAAUUUCUUUUCCAGGAAGACUAUUUGUGCACUCAUCGUCGUUUAUGUGUUAAAGGGAGGACCGGUUACGAUUUAGCUUGCUCUCUGGUGGGUCAGUCAGCCACUGUUCGUCCGCAGAACGAGCAAUCUCUCAUAUUCUGCACGCCUCUGUUUGAUGUCUCCGCGCCAGAUGAUUCUCCUAGCUGGGUGUUUUCCAGAUUCGGGUAAACGUACUGUUAAGGCAGUGGGGAGUAACACUUCAUUCACCUGGCUGUGGGACGGAGCGUACUUGUUUCGUUUUGCUUUGGGGCUCUUGGUCAUUUUACUCGCAGACUAUUACGUUGCGAUAAGCGAUACUCUUGUGUUUGUCGGCAUUCCUUCCACCUUGCUGAUUAUUGGUUACUGUUAGACUGCCUGGGAGAAAUGUAACCUGGAGCUUCAACGCAUGUAAGUUAGCAGUGGUCGUCACCAUCUCCCAUCAGCCUCCCCACUAAUUUGUUAUUUUAGAGUUUGUUACUAACUAAUAUGCAGUAGUAAUGUUUGUUCACUUUUAAAAAGGAGCACGUCGGAUAAAUGCCGUUGCCGGUAAGGGUCACCCUAGGCUGUCUCCUAAGCAUGUGCAACCCAGCCUGGACUCAGGCCUGACCCUUUUUUUUUACUAAUGUAGACAUCACAAUUUUCACCCCUUAUGUGAGUCCCGGUGUCCCCUUCGAUAAUAAUAAUUUGCUGAUUUUUUGCUUAUUUGCACCCCUAGGUGAGCUUUUGUCUACAGGAGCUGUAUGGCGUUCAAUGUCGCUUGAUCCCCGUCGCCCGCGGCGCCGAAUUUACGGCUACAGCGGCCUCCCAGCUGGCAGAACACUUCGCCUCUGGCGGCGGACCCGUGAUGGUUGGUGGGGGCCAACUGGCUCACACCAUCGUGGGUGUACACCUGCCUGCAGUGGAUUACUCCUCCACCGUCUCUGCACCCAAGCCAAAAACACGCUACCUCAUCCUAGAUCCGCACUACACCGGCCCUGCGGGUAACCUGCGCACCGUUCUGGACAAGGGGUGGGUGGGCUGGAAAGAUGAGACCUUCUGGAAGCCUGAUGUCCACUAUAAUCUCUGUCUCCUGCCCGGCGUCGAUGGCAGUACAAUUUAA